AUGGCUGCUGUCACCCGCCAACCCUUUGCUCCUCUCGACGGAGCUCGUCUGCAGAACCUGACCAGCCUCAAGAACAGACAGAAUGCUAUCUCCCCGUCUUCAUCCGUGAAGCGCAAAGCUGCCGAGUCUGUCGAGGUGGACGACUCUGAGAACGUCGACCCGUCCGUCUUUUCAAAGCGCUCCAAGGGCACCGACAGCUUCUCCAAUGACCUGUUCAAGCCCUCGUCUUUGGUCCUCACCAAGGCCGCUCCCACCUACACAGCAACCUCUAAGAGCUCCCUCUUCUCGCUCACCACCUCACCCAAAACUGCACCCCGUCCUCGCUCGUACCUGCAGCCCAAGUCCCCCGCAGCCAAGCUCAACACCAAUGUCUCCAAGUCGGCCCCCCUCUCUGCUCCGGCCGGCCGCUCUCCCACUCGCGGCAGCAAGCGUGUUGGCAUCCUCUCCAACAACCGCCGCCGCACCGGUUCGUCCUUUGGCCGCGUCGAUCCUCCCGCCUUCAAGCUCUCCAAGGCCGCCCCUUUCUCCCUCGACGCCGCCCUGAAGGGCACCAUCCCCAGCUAUGCCUCGCGCUCCUCCGCUGCGCCCUCGUCGUCCCUGGAUCCCCUGAACGAGUCUGGCGCCAAGUCGGACUGGUUCUUCGACAUCCACGAGGACACGCCCGAGCAGGAGAUGACCAACCUGCUGCAGCACAGCACCUGCGUGCUGGACAUCUCGAGCGACGAGGAGUCGGAGCAGAAGGCGCGCAGGGAGCGCGACGAGGGCCGCGACAAGGAGAAUGUCCCGCCCGCCGACGACGUAAGCCAGACCUCGCGGGCCGCCAGCGCCCGGGCGGCUGUGGGCACCUCCAUGGACGACAUGGUCGUCGAGAAGUCGCGCGACCCGCUCUCGCAGCUCAACGCGGCCGACUUCUACCCCGAGGGCUGCGACGAGUCCUCCGUCGUCAUCAUCCCUGGUGAUGAUGAAGGCCGUGAUGAGGAGGAGCAGGUCCCGGAGAAGCUGGCGCCCGUGGCGGACGACAGCUACGCGUUUGCGCCGGAGGUCAAGCUCGCUGAUGAGCAGGAGCAGGAGCAGGAGCCGACGGUAGAGAGCCUGAUGGGCGCGCGGGAAGAGCCUGCGGCCAAGGCGGCCGUUCUGGAACCCAUGGAGGGCACUGGUGAGAGCUUCGACCUGUGGGAGAGCGGCAGCGCGAGGGACGAGGCCGAGCCUGUCGCUCCGGCGACGCCCAAGCCGGUGGUUGACGAAGCUGUAGCAGUUGUCGAGAUUGCGGCUUGA